GAAAUGUCAUUAAAGUGUCAAAAAUUGAUUUGUUUUGACGAUUUGUGAAAUUAAUUUCCAAAAAUUUUUAUUAAAAAUCCAAUUUUUCUGGAUUUUUUAAGUGAAUUAUUUUAAAACCAGUUCAAAUUCUUUACAUUUAUCAUCGGGGCAGUAAUAAAUUUUAAUUAAUUCAGGAUGCCCAAAUACUAUUGUGACUAUUGCGAUACCUACCUCACGCACGAUUCCCCGAGUGUCCGAAAAACGCACUGCACCGGGCGCAAACACAAGGAUAACGUAAAAUUUUACUACCAAAAGUGGAUGGAGGAGCAAGCACAGCAUUUAAUUGAUGCGACCACGGCUGCCUUCAAAGCUGGCAAAAUUGCUCAGAAUCCGUUCUCGGCAGUUCCGCCUCCCGUUGCCGGAAAAGUUACAAUUCCACCGCCAAAUAUGGCAGGCCCGCCGCCACGUGUGCCAAUGGCUGGUUUGCCGCCACCGGGAAUGCUCACGAUGCCACCUCCAAACAUGGCUGGCAUGAGACCCAUGAUGCCGAUGAAUAUGCGACCGGGAAUGGGACCGCCGCCAGGCAUGAAUUAAUUUUAAGAGAGUUUAUAAGAAGAUUUUUUAUUCGAUUAUUUCAUUUUGAGAUAAAUAUGAUGAUAGGAAAGUUUUGUUUUUUUUUUC